AUGACAUUAUUUGUUGAUCAGAUUGAUGCAUACAAAGAUGUCAUCUUGUUCAGAGGGAACUAUGAUAUUGCUAAUGCCUUAAUAAGACCAAUGAAUCUCCAAUAUAGGGCUAGGGAAACAGAUCUCCCAUUUGAGAUGACAGUAGGCAGCAGGACUCUCAUCCAAUCCUUGGAUCCCAAAGGAGAGCAAGUCUUUCCUAGAUAUCAGUCCCUUGCUUCUAUUCCUAAAGUUUCCCUUAAUGAUACUCGACAUGAUAUCCUUGUCAUUGUGUUGUACAUUGAAAGAAAACCAAGAAAAUUUGUCACAACUAUGAACAAAGAAUCUUUUGUGCGCGACCUAAUAGUGAUAAACCGUAGCACUGAUCAACCAGUAAAAGUAUGCGCCUUGAAUGACCUAUCAGGAAGCCAAUGUGAAACUCUUUUUUCUGAUGGUGACAAUUUCAAAGUCAUUGGUAUUACAGCUCUGUGUUCUGUCUCUCGCAAAGGGUUCCUGCUUGAAUCAACCAUUUCUACUAUAAUAGUCCAAGACCCUGAAGGUGAAAAAGCAGCUGCACUAACUGAAUGGGCAAGAAAACAUCGAACUGUUAUGACGGAUCAGCAAAAUAGAGUUACAGCUUCCUGGAAUCCGUUUGCCGGAAGAAUUUUAACUACAAUAAAUCGCAUCAAGGCUAAAAAGGCAACCACAACACUUCCACAGGAAAUAUAUUGGCUAAGAGUUGUUGCAUCUGAUAUUCAGUAUGACAGGCUUAGAACAUAUAUAGGGUGUUCUUAUUGUGGAAAGCGAACACAGCUUCCGCUCGGAACCAUCUAUAAUUGCACAGCUUGUGACAAAAAAGAAAUAAUUGCAACUCACCGAGCAACAAUCACAAUGACUUUUUCUGAUGCAACUGGAGCACUACAGCUCACUGCAUUCACUAAAAGCUGCCUCCCGCUUUUUAGGUUAUCUGCUGAAGAGAUUUAUCACAUGAAGGCUAUGGAUGAUACAGCUAGAUUCCGUAGAAUAGCUUAUAGGCUUUCAACUACAUACUUCUUGAUAAAGAUUGGUCCUACAACUACCUUAGAACAUAAUCAAGUUUUGUAA